CUCGUCCUCGUGCUGAGCGCCUGCUCUCCUGUACUGCAGUUAUAUCGCAAGAUGAAGUAGGAAAAUGCAGUAGUUGAUAUAUAAUCUCAUGUUAUUACGAUUUCAUCGUGCUCAAAUGAAUUUGACCUGUCAUUGCCGUGUCUCAGAUACCAGAUGAUGAGCGCAGGAGCAUUUCCUGGGCCCCAGAGGACACUUCCAGGCUGAGCCUCUCUUAAAGGGACAAUGUCAACCACCUAUUUCUGAAUAAUUUUAUGAUAAUCAAGAACCCAAACCAAAAAUUGCAUCCAAACCAAGAAAAUAUCUAAAGCAUCAUCUCAGUUCAAACAUGUACUUCAAUAUGCUUCACACUAACAAAAGCCGAAAGCCUCCAUACUCAAGAGAGCUUAUGACGGAAAUGCAUGGAAAAAUUGUUCUGGAACAGGAGGGGUCACAAGAGAGGAAGACGGAGAAAAUAAUACACACAGAAAAGACAAUGCAAGCAGAAGAGACAGAACCAGAUGUUAUUGUGGAACAGGGAGAUGAGUUAGGAUGUGGGGAUGAGUUAGCACAGGGAAUUGAUUUAGAUUUGGUGGAGGGUUUAGAAGAAGGUGAAACAUUUAAGUCAGAGGAUGAGGAAGAGUUGAUGGACCUUCUCUCUGAUUCAUGCAGUAAGAGAGACGUGGAUGAUUAUAUAGAGAACGAUCAGAUUGAAGUAGAGGACACUGGGAAGAUAGCAUGGAGACUGACUAAAAAUGGUGUAUCAACAUCACAUAAAAGCUCUAGUGAUGUUCAGUCGGCUUCUAAUGCAGUUUAUGGAUGCAUUGCACACACAGACAGAUUCCAGUAUGAUGAAAUUUGCAUCAAUAAAACUUUCAUUGAAGCAUUUUACCCAAAUGGCAUAGUCCCAGGCAGAAUGUUUUCAAGUGAAGAAGACAUAGAUGGGAUGUUCCCCGAUAUUUGUGAUGCAGGUGAGGCGUUAGCAGACAAAGAUGGACUUUCCGAGUGUGACCUUUUUGAACAAACAGAACCUCUCCAAAUAACAGAAGCAGAGGACAACGCCAAUGGAGAUAUUAUGAUGCUUACUUUGGAGGAGGGAUUAAACGGCUCUGAUUUGUCUUCAACUUCCAUUGAGGAAGAGGAUGAUGAAAUACAGUUAGAAAAAGAGCAAAUGGAAGAAAAAGGAAACCGUUAUUUAUCAGACGACAGUCCAUCUCAGGAUCCUUCAGCUGCUAUUGACUCUCCAGACUGUCCUUCAUCAAACAGUGGAGGUGAAACUCUCCUUGAGUCCGAUCUGAAUUCUUUUUCAAAUUCUUCUUCUUCUCAGCCAUUUUCUGGCUCUGCAAUGGUCUCAGAUGAUGAUAUAGCAGAUACAAAUCACAACUACUGUAGCAAAUAUGUGGUUAAACACGAUGAAGCGAUACCUGCCACCUUAAAUCUUAAUGCCAUCAAUGCUUUCUCACUCAUUCAACAGCAAUCUGAAAGCCAAGGCCAAAGUUUACAACAAAAUCGAGAAGAAGAGAACAUUGGGGAAGAAGAAGGGGUUGACCACUUGAGUAGAUCUGAGGGAAAAGAACUCACAGUAGAUCAUGUGUACGAAGAAACAGAGCCAAAAAUCCAAGCCAAAGACUUCCUUCAGAACAGGAAGUACUUUAUGACUCGCUCUAUAUCUGUGGAAACCCCCAGUAAGAGAGUUGACCUAAUGAGCAGCCCUGCAACAGGAAAUAGGCGGCUUCUGCUACACCCAAGCUCCUUCUUUACAGACCAGUGUUUCCUCGGAGAUAGUAGACCUGCACUGACAGGCUCAUUAGGAUGUCUUUCACAAGGCACCUCAAACUUAGCUAAAGUCACUCGAGUUGAUAUACCACCCCCUUUUGAACUGGCAUCCAUCACAAAGCGACCAAUCAGAAAAAGUUCUCCAUCCCUCCCGAACGAAGUCUCUGCUUCUUGCAAGAAGCCUGAUUUUGGGUUCAAGCGAUACCUUCUGCCAUUACGAUUCCUUAGGAAAUCAGAUCGUAAAAGCAUUAUGGAUAAUCGCUCCGUAUCCUCCAGAUCCUCGUCUGAGUCAAGUCCGCAAGGGUCAUGCAAACGCUUGGAUUUUAUCAGGCAUAACAUGGGCAGCCCGGAGUUGCAGAGCACUCCAGAUUGCACACCACCUAUGUCCCCUUCUUCCUUUGUCUUUCAAAAGAAUAGACAAAAACAGGGACUAAACUUCACUCUUAAUAAUGAUUUGGCUUCAAGCACCAUUUCUAUGGAGCUAGGGUCUCUCUUUGAACCCCAUCCCCUUUCCAAACCUCGAUCUUUCUCAUCUCCCAAUACAGACUCUUCAGAUUACGAGAACGUUCAAAAUGCUGCUUCUCACUAUGAGAAUGUGCAGAUUCGCCUCCUGAAUCCAGUCAUUCAGAGUCAACGAAAUCAGAGUUCACCCAGUGAUACUGAUGGUUAUGUGGACAUGAGCAGUCUGCCGGGCUUCCAGGGCAAAAGUCGGCCAUCUGAGCAAGAGACAGAUAGUCUCUACACUUUCUGUUCUCCUAAUGUGAGACAAGAUGGAACAAUGGGUGUGUCUGUGGGUGUGACUUGUACACAGGAGAAAAAGACAAAGGCAUCUGACAAACUGAAUGUCAACUGUUCCAGGGCUUUCUAUAGUGCCAAAGAGCUUCUGGACAGUGAGGCCCAGCAUGUCAAGACUUUACAACUUCUCAAUGAGUCAGUUGAAGCGGAUGAGAGGCUGAUGACAGUGUGGACAGAGGUACCUGAUAUUUAUACUCUCCACCAAAAUAUCCACACAUUACUGGAGACUCGCUUAAAAGAAUGGGAUCAGAAUGAAGGUAUUGCUGAAAUCAUCCUGGCAAAGAAGACAGAGUUUUCCAUUUUCUCUUCUUACAUCAGUCAUUAUGAUGAAAAAUUGAACUAUCUGGAACACAUACAAGGCACACUACCAGAUGCAGGGACCCUGAAAAAGCAGUUGCUGCAGGUCAUUGUGCGCAUCCUACAAUACCGUAUGCUGCUAACAGACUACCUGAACAACUUCUCACCAAACUCCAGAGAGUUUGAAAAUACGCAAAAUGCUUUGGUUGUGGUCUCAGAUAUUGCUCAUCAUGUUAAUGACAACCUUAAGAAUGGAGCGGAUCUCCUGCGUUUGGUCCAUAUUGAACACAGUGUUCUGGGUCUGACAGAUCUCUUACAACCUGGGAGAGUGUUUGUGAAAGAGGGCACUUUGAUGAAGGUCAGCAGAAAGUGCAAGCAGCCACGUCACCUUUUCUUGAUGAAUGACAUAAUGCUGUACACAUAUCCUCAGCAAGAUGGCAAAUACAGACUCAUCAACAGAUUACCAUUGGCAGGGAUGGAGGUCAGCAAGCCACCAAUAGAGAAUGCUCAGAGUGCAUUGAAGAUAGACGUGAAAGAUAUAAGCAUCACUUUGUCUGCCAACUCCUGCACUGAACGAGACGGCUGGUUUGCUACACUGAGUCGGACAUUAGUGAAUCUCGGCCCCGUAUCAGGAGACCCAGUAAACUGUUUUGGGUUAGUGGAUGGGCCAGAGAUGUGUCUCGGCGAGAACGCUCCUCCUCUGCUGUCUGUUUCCCAGGUGACAGUUUGCAUGAACUGUCACUCACAUUUCAGCCUCACAAACAGACGACAUCACUGCCAUGCCUGCGGCAAGAUUUUCUGCAGAGAUUGUUGCAGGAACAAAUUCCCCCUCAAAUAUAUGAAGAACAGACGUGCCAAAGUGUGUGAUCAUUGUUACACUGAGCUGCGUAAGCAUGAUGUUGCCACAAUAACAGAGAGCUCCAGUCGACCUCUCUCUUCUGUCUUCCAAAACAUUCAUCCAUCGAGUCUAUGGAAAAGCCGCAAAGGCCAACUGUCUUUCAAUCAGGAGACAGUGUCCGAUGGAGUGAUGAGUGGAACCCUGCAGAGGUGCAGGAACAGCAAGAGAAGUUGGAGAAGCCUGUGGUUCCUCCUGAAAGAUAAAGUUCUCUACGCAUACCCACAGACUGAGGAGAGGGUUGCAUACGAGACCCUUCCUCUCUUGGGUUUCUCUGUGAGGUCAGAGGUUGAAGGGGAGAGCAGCAUGUUUCAGCUGUACCACAAAAGCACUCUCUUCUACACUUUCAGAGCCCAGGACAGUCACACUGCACUGAGAUGGGUCAGUGCCAUGGAAGAGGCUACAGUCCUGUAGCAUCUGCCGUCCUGCUUUUGUCUUCUCACAUGAGCAAUUAAAUCUGUUAUUGAUCAUUCGAGAGCGAUGCAUUUUCACGUCACAUUCAAAAAUCACUACCCAGUGUAACUGGGACUGUAAUCAACCAUUCCUACGCUAACGUGACGCAACAGACAUAUUUUUGGAACACCAAGGGAACAAAAUGCUCACACUCAGACAUUUAUUUUGUGCCAAAUACUUCUUCCAAAGACCUCGUUUAGCUGUGUGUGGACACACUAUAAAGGCACACUGUAGCACUUCCAGCUGUCAUUUAGAUAAGAACAUUUUAGAACCAGUGAGAUGUUACUUAACUUAACCAUUAUAUAAUGUGAUAUAUAUUAUGCAAUACCCCAGUGCACUAUAUUUUAUUAGGACAAUUUCUAGUUAUGGGAACUGGUGUGAAUUUGAGCCCAUUAUGUUCAUUUGGUGGCAUUUUCUUGAUGUCCUCUCAUAUCUGGAUUAUAUUUCCUUGUAUACUGCCAUCUGUCAUUUGGACAGUGACUUCUACUAAAACUAGAAAGAGUAACUUUGGAUUGAUAGUUAGUAUUUAGCAACUGAGCUGGUAUUCUCGUUGCACUUGAUGAUGAUGUAAUGUUUAAUUUACUUACCUUAUGUGCAAACUGCCAAUCUGUUCCCUUUCCAUGUUAUAAUUACAAUAUGAGAGCUUAAUGUAUAUUUAUGAGGAAUGUAUAAGUAGUUUGUCUGAAGUAUUAAUUGUCACUGUAUCAUUUGAGUAAAAUUUACUUGUGUAAUGUUAUUGUUCACUUUGGUUUCCAAACCUCACUAGUGCCUCUACUUCCUAUUUUAUCCUCCUUUGUGUGUGAAAACUUGCUUCUCUAAUGUGGUUAUGCAUAGGAUACCUAUGGGGUUGACCACUGUUGAAAUAAAACUUAACUGUAUGGUAGU